AUGAAUCACCAAGAGUCUGAGCACAAGAUGUCCCUGGGCACAGAGGAACUCGAACAUGCACCAGAACACCAGGAACCGCAACGCGUUGACGUUCCCGAGGAGGCCAACAAGCGCAUCAAGAAUACAUUUGACCGCCAUCUUCUACCCAUCGUCUGCUGCCUAUACAUCCUAUCCUAUCUCGAUCGAGGAAAUAUCGGCAACGCCAAAACCGCCGGUGCAAAAAGUGACCUUGGUCUCAGUGACUCUGAAUGGUCAUGGGUCCUCAACGCGUUCUACAUCUGCUACGUUUGCUUCGAGUGGACUAGUCUUUUCUGGAAGAUCCUCCCUGCGAGUAAAUACGUCGCCGCGCUUUGCGUUUGUUGGGGAACGGCGGCCAUGUGCGCUGGUGCCGUGCAUAAUCUCGGUGGACUUAUUGCCUGCCGGGCGCUGCUUGGCGUGUUCGAGGCUGCGUUUGGUGCAGGUGCACCGUAUUUCCUGUCCUUGUUCUACCGUCGUGAUGAACUGGGCUUUCGUGUUUCUCUUCUACUUGGAAUGUCGCCGUUGGCCAAUUGCUUCGCUUCUGCGUUGGCGUACGGAAUCACACAUAUCAGUGGCUCGCUGGAGCCUUGGAGAUAUCUCUUCAUCAUCGAGGGUGCACCCACUGUAGCUUUCUCUCUCGUCGCUUGGUUCUUCUUGGCAGAUUCCCCAGAUAAUGCCAAAUACCUAUCUGAGAAAGAUGCCACUUACGCUGUUGAGCGGCUCCAGGUCCGCGAUCGGACCAAAAAGACUGGAGUUCGCUGGAACCAGAUAUUUGCUGGUCUGACAGACUACCAGAACUACGUCCACACCGUCAUUCAUUUCUGUUGCAACUACUCCUUCGCCGGCCUUUCCAACUUCCUCCCGACAAUUGUCCGCGAUAUGGGCUACUCAUCCGUCACCGCACAGGGCCUUACUGCACCGCCAUACUUUCUAGCUUUCCUUUGCUGCGUGCUAGCAGCUUUGGUGAGUGACAGGUAUGGCAAGAGAGGUUAUGUUGUCGGUGGCAGCGCUUUCGUUGGCUUUAUUGGCUACCUCAUGUUGGUCGUUGUUCAGGAUGAGUCUAAGAAGACAACGCGUUAUGCCGCCAUUUUUCUGGCGUCAUGUGGAGUUUUUCCUGCGCUUGCCAUCAACAUCACCUGGCUGCUGAACAAUCAGGGAGGAGACUCGAAAAAGGGUGCUGGACUAGCUAUCCUGGCUACCUUCGGUCAAUGCUCCUCUUUUGUUAGUAGUGUUGUCUUUCCUAGUACUGACGGACCUCUUUACCUUCGUGGCACUGCCAUUGGCUGCGGACUGACCGGACUCAUCUCUGUCCUUGCACUAGGUCUCCGCUUCGCCUUGGAACGUGAGAACAAGAGAAGGGACCGUGAAUAUGGCCCCGUCGAUUCAGAUAUGGCUGUCGAUGUCACAGAGCUUGGUGAUAAGAACAAGAACUUUCGCUACCUCACAUAG